AUGGAUUUCGCGGGGCAACGGCUGAGCGAGCGACUCUCCGCGAUCGGCGUCGGCGUCGGCGCCGCGGUGAGCUUUGCGUACGGGUACACGCGAGGAGAUUACGACGGGAUGAUUCGACUAUUUUUUGCGUCUGUCCUCGUCACGGGGUUCAUUACGAUCCCCGCGUGGCCGUUCUUAUACGCGCGGAACCCAGUUCGUUGGAGAGAGUCGAAACCGCGCGCGAACAACGGGGAGAAGAGGCGGAAGAAGAGACGCGGGUGA